GGAUAAUAUAGGUGUAUUUAAUUGUACUAAACAUGUACAAAACAAGUACAUGUUUAAUUAAUUAACACUGUAGUGCACAUGCUAUGGCGUGAACUGUACUAGCGGUCGGUUUGCGGCAUAAUGUUCGGGAUAACUCGUCUUUCGACGGAGGGAAAGGUGGGAGUAGCCACGGGGGUCGUGUUCUUCUCUAUGCUAAUAUCUAGAACGCUCGUGUCGGACCGAGUGCCUAUAGAAACCCGCGCGAUUCUGUUUCGCGUGCAGUUUCUACUCUUUAUCAAUUCUCUUCUGUUGCUGGGCUCUCUGUACAUAUGGAAGCGCCUGGUAAGGCGGCUGUGCACUGCUCGUGUGGUGGCGCGCGUUUGGCCACAGAGAUGUUGGCGUGGGACCGUGCUUCUGUUUCUUGCGCUUGCUCACGGCAGCUAUGUAAGCAUGUUUUGGCUGGUGGACACAGAACCCCACUGGUUUGCAAUGCUUAGCUUUACGUGUUUGGGCAUUUAUGUUAUCCUCAUAUUCUUCCUAAUGGCAACCAGCUGCCUGAACCGCAUCCACCGGCUUUUCUCCCCCAGGUCUGAUUGCCAGGAUGGUUCUGCGAGCGGCGCAGUCAGGCAGACGCUUUUGGCUUUGUUGGUUACGGCGCUUUUGACAGUAUACGGACUGUUUAAUGCGGCACGGCCGCCGCAGGUUGUUGAUGUAGAAAUUCCGCUGGAGAAACUGCCGGUGUCAAUGAACGGCCUCAAGCUGGUCCUGCUUUCAGAUAUACAUUUGGGACCAACGGUUGGCCGCUCCAAGCUCCAGCUUAUUGUUAACAUGGUGAAUCAGUUAGAACCAGAUGUGGUAGUGAUUGUUGGUGAUUUAACAGACUCUAAGGUAACCCGGCUGAGGACUGCAGCAGAACCACUUGGCCUCAUUCGUGCACGGCUGGGCUCUUACUUUGCUACAGGAAACCAUGACUACUACACUGCUGAUGUGGAAGGCUGGUUUGAGUUCUUGCACUCAAAGGGUAUCAAACCUCUUCACAACAGCCAUGUUCGAGUGUUUCCACAUGAACAAAGCCAGGAUUGGAUCUGUCUUGCUGGCAUAGAUGACCUGGAGGCUAGCAUGCUUCGGUACCCUGGCCAUGGUAUGGAUAUUGAAAAGGCUCUGAGUGGCUGCAGUAAAAAACAUCCCAUUAUUCUUUUGGCUCAUCAGCCUUAUGCUGCUAAAAUGGCUCUCAAACAAAGGCCAGACAUCAACUUAGUUCUGUCAGGUCACACUCAUGCUGGCCAAAUAUUUCCUUUCACUCUCUUGGCAUUCCUGGUGAAUCCAUAUUUCUGUGGGCUCUACCAUGUCUCAGACCAGACUUCAGUCUAUGUUACUCCAGGAACUGGUUAUUAUGGCAUUCCAAUGAGAAUCGGCAGCCGCGCUGAGAUUACAAAUAUUAUAUUGAAAUCUAUCUGAGAGUUCAGGUGCAGAUAUAUGCAACUUUGUAAUAAAGAAUUAAAAAAUAA